AUGCCGCAAGACCAGCAAUCCGCCUUCUCAGCCCUCUACCUCCAAAAACUCACCCAAGAACUCUCCGAGGACCUCGACAAGAUCCGCAACGCCGACGACUUCAAGGCCGAAUCCGUGCCGUCCCUCGUCCACGCGCUGCAGCAGGGCGCCAAGCAGUUUUCCCCUGCUCAGCAGAAUGCCGUCCUCAAGACCUCAGAGAACCGCCAGGGCUGA